AUGGCUGGAGGAGGAGAGGAGCUGAAGCUGCUCGGUACGUGGGCGAGCCCGUUUGUGAUCAGAGUGAAGCUUGCGCUCAGCUUCAAGGGCCUGAGCUAUGAGAACCUCGAGGAGGAGGACCUCUACUACAACAAGAGCGAGCUGCUCCUCAAGUCCAACCCGGUGCACAAGCAGGUCCCCGUGCUCAUCCACAACGGUAAGUCCAUCUGCGAAUCCCAGCUCAUCGUGCAAUACAUCGAUGAGGCCUUCAGCACCAAUGGCCCCUCUCUCCUCGCCGUCGAGCCCUACGAACGUGCCAUGGCUCGCUUCUGGGGCGCGUACAUUGACGACAAGGGCAAAGACAGAGGAGGAAAAGGCCGAGGCACUGAAGCAGACGUUCGCGGCGGUGGAGACCCUGGAGGCAGCCUUCAAGGACCUCUCAAGGGGAAGCCUUUCUUCGGUGGUGACAGCGUGGGGUACCUGGACAUCGUGCUUGGGGGCCUCAUACCGAUGGUUUACUACGGCGAGGCGCGCUAUGGCAUCGAGCUCUUUGACGACACUAGGAGCCCGCUCUUGGUGGCGUGGGUGGAGCGCUUUGGGGCAUUGGAUGCCGCCAAAGCAAUCCUGCCGGACGUGGCACUGAAGCAGACGUUCGCGGCGGUGGAGACCCUGGAGGCAGCCUUCAAGGACCUCUCCAAGGGGAAGCCUUUCUUCGGUGGUGACAGCGUGGGGUACCUGGACAUCGUGCUUGGGGGCCUCAUACCGAUGGUUUACUACGGCGAGGCGCGCUAUGGCAUCGAGCUCUUUGACGACACUAGGAGCCCGCUCUUGGUGGCGUGGGUGGAGCGCUUUGGGGCAUUGGAUGCCGCCAAAGCAAUCCUGCCGGACGUCGACAAGCUGGUCGAGUACAGCAAGAUGAAGCAGGCACGAGCUGCAGCCAUGGCCACGGACACUAGUAGUAGCAACUAA